AUGGCCGGGCCUGCCAUCCACGCUGCCCGCAUGCUCAUCCUCAUCCUCCUCGUGCUUCUGGGGCUGAGUCUGGUAGGCUCCCUCGCACCUGGAACCCCUGCUCGGAACCUCCCUGAGAAUCACAUCGACCUCCCAGGCCCAGCACUGUGGCCGCCUCAGGCCAGCCACCACCGCCGGCAGGGCCUGGGCAAGAAGGAGCGGGGCCCAGGCAUGCCCAGCCAGGCCCAGGAUGGGGCUGCGGUCACCGCCACCAGGCAGGCCUCCAGGAUGCCAGGGGCUGAGGGGCUGCCACCUGGGCAGACUCCUGCAGGCCUGCUGCGGGACAAGGACCUGCUCCUGGGGCUGGCAUUGCCCUACCCUGAGAGGGAGAGUCAGCCUCCAGGGUGGGAGAGGGCCAAGAAACGUGGCAGGGAGCACAAAAGACGCAGGGACAGGCUGAAACAGCACCGAGGCCGAGCCCUGGUCCGAGGUCCCAGCUCCCUGAUGAAGAAGGCAGAGCUCUCUGAAGCCCAGGCGCUGGAGGCCGCAGCGGAGGAGUCCUCUACCAGCCUGGCCCCGACCAUGCUCUUUCUCACCACCUUGGAGGCAGCACCUGCCACAGAAGAGUCCCUGAUCCUGCCUGUCACCUCCCUGAGGCCCCAGCAGGCACAGCCCAGGCCUGACGGGGAGGUGAUGCCCACGCUGGACAUGGCCUUGUUCGACUGGACCGAUUAUGAAGACUUGAAACCCGAUGUCUGGCCCUCUGCAAAGAAGAAAGAGAAACACCGGGGUAAACUCUCCAGCGAUGGUAACGAGACGUUGCCGGCCGAAGGGGAGCCAUGCGACCAUCACCAAGACUGCCUGCCAGGGACCUGCUGUGACCUGCGGGAGCAUCUCUGCACGCCCCACAACCGAGGCCUCAACAACAAAUGCUUUGAUGACUGCAUGUGUGUGGAGGGGCUGCGCUGCUACGCCAAGUUCCACCGGAACCGCAGGGUCACACGGAGGAAGGGGCGCUGCGUGGAGCCCGAGACGGCCAACGGCGACCAGGGAUCCUUCAUCAACGUGUAG